CAAUUGUUUGUGAAGUCCGUAGCAGUUUUCUCCCAUUGACCACAAAGAAACAAAGAACAAGUCAUCUACUUGUUUCAAAAUAUAGAUAAACCAUAUAAACUAUUCAUCACCUUACAAUACACGAGAUGUGUGAAGGAAUCUUAGGUGUUGAUCAUGAAGAUCUCGUACCCUAACAAACGUAUCUCUCCAACUCAUUAAAGUUAGCUCAAUAAUCUUGUGUAUUGAAUUUUUAUUGUUGAGCCAUGUUUUCUUUAAAACAAGGAGAUGAGCUGGUAUUCCAGAUCCAGACCAACAACCCUAAUCCGGACCAGCAGUCAAUCCAGCAAGAUCUUGCUUUGAGCCAAGCCUCACCACAGGGUGGCAAUAAAAGGCUUCGUAAAAAGCCGUCAAGUUUCGGUGAAGACACUAGUAAAGAUGAUGAGAGAAGCAAGAAGAUCAUGCAUAGAGAGAUCGAAAGGCAAAGAAGACAAGAAAUGGGUCAACUUCAUGGAUCACUCAGAUCCUUACUUCCUCUUGAGUUUAUCAAGGGAAAGCGUUCGAUAUCAGAUCAUAUGCAGCAGUCUGUGAAUUAUAUUAAUCACCUUCAGAGAAGUAUCAGAGAACUAAAUAUCAAAAGGGAUAGACUCCACAAGAUUCCAAAUUAUACCACUGUUAUUAGUCAAGGGAGUGGAAGUUCAGAUUUUCGUCUGCCUAGUAAUUUUGAUAAUGAUGUUUCUGUUACAGUUUCCCCGUGCUUGUGUGGUGUUGAGAUCAUCAUUACUAGCGGAUUCAUGGAAGAACAAUUUCCCUUAUCAAAGGUGAUGCAAGUACUAAUUCAAGACGAGCAGCUAAGUGUUAGUACCUGUGCUUCUACUAGAGUAAAUGAGCGGUUACUGCAUACUAUCCGUGCUGAGGCAAUUGAUCCGAUGUCCAUUAAUAUCUGUGAGCUGCAGUGGAAAUUGUAUGAUGUGUUAUAUGGUUGAAUUCCAAGUAAGUGUACGUAGGAAGCCUGAAGCCCACAGUUGACACUGUGUAAUCAAACAUUGCUAAGAUUUUGUUCCUUACUUGGCCGAGAUUUGAAGUAUCUACAUUUCAUUUUUACUAAUUCUAGAUUAUGUUAUCAAAGUCUAAUCCCAGCACAGCCAAGAUUAGCUGUUAGAAAAUGAUUGCAAUGUGGUUGUGUCUGCUCUAACAAAUAUGUAAGCUCUUGAUGGCACGACUAAUUGAAGAGAGGAGUGUCUGUAAAUAUUGAAGACAUGGAAAUUGUGGUGUGCAAAUUAAGAGUAUUGUGUCAACCAAAAGUAUAUGCUCUUUAGUACGUUUUAGUUAAUGAAGGACCAUAAAUUGAUUGUUCUAUAUUUUCGCAGUCGUGCCUAUAUGUUGAAACCCAGGAUUACUCAGCCAGCUUCAAAGUUAUAUGCCUACUAAAAUCUUGAAUACUUGGAGCUUGCAUUCUGAUUAACUCUUCAAUACAUUGAUUGGAUUUUACA